AUGGCUCUUGCUGCUACUAUCGGAGCAGCCCUGGCGCCAGACUAUUCGGGAUACAUGGCUGCUAGGUUCUUCCAAGGCCUGGGCGUAAGUCCUGCAGCCAAUGUCGGCCUCGCCAUCAUCAACGACAUCUUCUUCGAACACGAGCGUGGACAGAAGGUUGGGCUGUGGGUUCUGUCCAUAGACCUGGGUCUUCUAUUUGGCCCUCUAAUCGGCGGCUUCGUCAACAUCGCCGGGUACAAGUGGAUACAGUGGCUCACAGCUAUCAUGUUUGGCGUCAUUCUUAUUGUCGAGGUCGUCUUCCUCCCCGAGACGCUGUACCCUCGUGACCGAAUGAUCACCACGGCCUCAUCCAAGGGUGUGAAUGUGGAUGAAAAGGUCCUGGCAUCGGAUACAGACAACCGCGCCAAUAUCCCCCGGACCAAGACUCUCCCGUUUAUCAACCUUGCUCCCGUUCCCGGAGUUCAGCACCCUAAACCCUAUGAUACCAUUGUCCGCUUCGUCAAGACGUUCAAGUACGUCGUCGUCCCCAUCUCCGUCAUGACCUACUGCUUCGGGUGGUAUUGGUGGGUCCUGUCUGUCGUCACAUUACUCCCCACGGCCUAUAUCUCGUACACUCCUCAGAUUCAGGGCCUCCUAUACAUCGGCCUCAUCAUCGGCACCCUCAUCUCGGAAAUCUUCUUCUCCGGCCGCCUGAGCGACGCUAUCGUCCUGAAACUCGCAAAGAAGAACAGCAAUAGCAAACAGCCCGAGAUGCGUCUGUGGCUUGCUUAUCCUGCUGCCAUACUUACGGCUGUGGGACUGAUCGUGUGGGGUAUCAGUGUCAGUCGUGGGUACCACUGGAUGGUUGGUCAGGUGGCUCUCGCCUUGUUCGGCGCUGGUAUUCAGAUGGGCAACACGUCCAUCUGCAGCUACGUUGUCGAUGCCUACCCGAUGCAGAGUAUGGCCAUGAUGACAUUUUACGCCGUUAUGCUCAACCUUUCAGCCUUCAUCGACCCCUUUUUCUGUGUUACAUGGGUCGAGGAUGUCGGUUUCGAGUGGACCUUUGCCGGUCACGCCAUCAUCACCGUGUUCUUCUGCCUACCCGUCCUGGGACUGCUGCACCGCUUUGGUCCGGCUCUGCGUAUAAAGUCUGGGGAUCCGACAUGGGUGAAUCCGGAAUUCGACAAGGACACGUCCGUAGAUCACUAG